ACCAUCCGAACGGCUGAACGUCGACGCUACCGAGCCGCCGCUCCUCUCUCCUCUGCUACUCGCCUACUCCGCCUCCGGCCUGCGCCCUUCGGUCGUCCGCUCGUGCCUCGACUGGCAGGCGUCCCCGCCGCUCCUCUUUGUUACUCCGCCUCCGGCAGUCCAGCCUCUGCGCGCGGCCGGCAGGAUCCGCUCGUCGCCCGCGCGUGGCAGGAUCCGCUCGUCCCCGACCGGCAGGACCCGCGCGGCCGGCCGUCCCGCCCCCACGGCCCCCCUGCUGCCUGCUGCGGACCUGAUUUUUGGGCGGGCGCAGUUGCGGAGAUGCAGAGGCUGGGGGAUUUCAGGCUCCCUCCCUUCUUUAACUACCCGCCUUACUUCACUUUGCAGCCUGUGCGUGAAACGCGGGAAAAGCAAGUGCAGUUAUGGAAAGAUCUGAUACUCGAUUACUGUAGAAGUCAGAAGAUACAUACAAUAUCCCUGGAAGAAGAUUUCCCCUUGUUCUCCAAUCCAAAGAUAGAGAGAUCUCUUAGCCAUGAAGCAAAGGAAGUGUUCCUUGCAGCUCUCGUCAGUGAAGGUCGUGCAGAGUGGAUGGACAAAGGUCACAAGAAGUGCCUAAUUCUUUGGCUAAGGAUUCAGGAUUGGGCCAAUUUCAUAUUAAACUUUGUAAAGGAUAACGGGUUGGAAGUAAUGACUAUCGAAGAAAUACGAUCUGGAAUUGAUACACGUGGAACUGAACUUGAGGGAAUUGAUCGUGGUGUUCUCAUGCGGGCUCUGCGGCAGUUGGAGCAAAAGGGAAAAGCAGCUAUCUUCAAAGGCACCUCGGCCGAUGAUGAAGGUGUAAAAUUUUCGGUGUAAUUCAUUUUGCAAUCCCCAAAUUGGCAGGCCAAUAAUCUCGAUCAGUCGGUGUCCUUGAACAUGGCAUGGUGCAUCCAUAACCUCGAUCAUUCAGUGUCCUUGAAAAUGGCAUGACACAUCCCUGCCCUGUAAAGCAGUAUGGCUUCUGGUCACAUCCGUCCUGAGUAGUAUGUUCUUCAGUGCUGCAGUUGUUAAACUUCACAACUCAUCUUUGCUGUAGUGAAAAAUUGACCAAGCCUGAUUAAAAAUCAUCUGUGGUGGCAGUUGAACUGGUCAUUCCUCUUAUGCUGAUUUAUUUUCCUAUAUCUAAGCAAAGGUGUUCAGGAAAGGUGUGCCAUGUGUCAGACGAAUUUUGAGUUCACUCGGAAAUGGACGUAAGUUUCCCAGGUCGAAUAGUACAGAGAACAAAA